AACACCUGUUAUAGAAAACCACGUGCUGACAGUAUUUAUAAUAAUUAAUUACAUCGUGCAAGUUAUCGUGCUUCAUUGAUUACAUCAAUUUGAUUACUAUUCGCUAAUUCAUCAGUCUUGAGCAAUGACCAAUGAUACAUUUGAAGAGAUCAUUGAACAGAUGAGGGACUUGAGCAUCAAUAAAUUUAACCGACUCAAUGCUGAUGUCGAGAGAAACCGUGCUGCAAUUACCGAAAACCGUGCUGCAAUCGCCGAAAACCAUGCUGCAAUCGCCGAAAACCAUGCUGCAAUCGACGAACUGAGAGAUUUACAUGAUGCUGAUUUCGACGAUCUUAAAGUUCAAUACCAGCCUCAGAUCGACGAACUGACAGCUCAGGUUAAUAAUCUCCUUGCUGCGAUGAACCAACUUCAAACCCGACACGAUGCAGAAAUACGAGAUUUAAGAGCCCAAUUGGAGAAUCAGCAAAGGGAGCACCGCCAAUCUAUUGUGACACCACCUAGAGCACCACCUCCACCUCAAGAUGUACAAGCGGAUGCAGCUCCAGCCGAACAACAGCAGCCUGAAGAAGAAAAUCGGCAGUCAGAAUCAGCUCGAGAAUCGACUAGUACAAAUCAGUCUAAUUCACCACGAGCUUCGUCACAAGAUGAUUUUCCGGAUGUGACGUUUUCUUCUUUAGCCUCACCUGACAGUGAGACUUCUGGUGCUAAUUCGUCGGCUAUUGCAUCUCCAGCUCCACCAGUACCUAGUUGCUCGUCGGAAUCUCCGGAAAAUGCUCAGCGUUCUAGGUACGACCUGAGGUCACGAACUAACGUUCGGAAUAGUGUCAUCUACAAGUUUCACAACGAUAAGACGGCUGGCCCGAUGCAAGAAAAACAAGUUUGUUGCUGCGUACGUUAA